AUGGAUGCUAGAAAAGAAAUAUACUGCAAGUACAGAAAUGAACUACGGGAAGAAUUCUUAAUUAAGUGUCUGCAAUGUCUAAAAUGGUUUAAAAUAAAUUGUUUUAUUUUGUUUUCCCUUUCUAGAAAACUCCUGGAGAAAAAGAAAUCUGAAGCAGGGCUGCAAGGAGUGACUGGAGAAUGGUUUGAAGAAAUACAAAGAAAAAAAUUCCAGAAUAACAUUGAUGUCAAUACAAUGCUAAAACCACCACUAGAGCAUCAGCUAAGGAACAGCAAAAAGAGCAAUCAUAAAGAAUUCAAAAUGUCGUCCUGCACAAAUCCUCAAGCACAGAAGAACACGUCCACUUCCUUCCUGGGGUUCAGAUCACCUUUUGCUUGGCUUUUCUCCUUCAGAAAAUCAAGGAAAACCCAGAUUCAGAAGCAACCACGAUACGAUGACUCUGCAAGCACAGCUCCAAAGCUGGAAGAAAUGGCAAUGGCUGAAACGUGUAAUGCCCCAUUGUCAGCUGAUACAAGUGGUCAUUCUUUUGGUGUAAAACAAGAUCAAGUGAUGGAAGAGAGCACCCAGGAGUGGAACGAACAGCUUGAGAAGGAGUUUUUCAGUGUUCUUACUGAUCUAGAUAAUCAGCUGGCCCAGGAGCAAUCCCAAGAUUCAUUGGACAGGACAGAUUCUACUAGCAGUGCAUCAGGUUUGCAAUACAGUCAAGAUCCCUUCCCCACUUUGAAGAGGCACACUAAUCGAGGGCAACUCAGAAAUGACUGGAGUGACAUACCCAGCACAUUUUUCCCAGAUGGACUGAGAACAAUAAGAGCCAAGGAUGAACACAAGAUCGUCAUCAGACCAAGGAAAUUGCACAGUGCAUAUAUAAACUGGCAACAGACAGCCUUUCAAGAUGAUUUUAAAUACAGUGAUCCAGCUGAUGGAAAUUCUCAUCUGCGAAGCAGCAGGCUGCCUUCCGUUUCUUUUGGGCGGUCUUCAGAAGGUAGCUUGUAUCCUCCUUCCAUAACACAGAACAGUGGAUUUAGGCACAAGAGUUACAUGGACAGGGGUACAGCUGGCAGAAGUUACUCGGUAUGUUCCCUUCGGAGAUGCCCAUCAUCAGUUUCUUCUGAUCAACUAUCAGCAUCUAGCUUACAGUGUCCAUUGGCAAGGGAGAACAAUAAUGGUUUUGUACCAAGAUUUGGUCGACAAAACCCAAAAAGAAUUCCUUUGUCUUCUAUUGUAUGGAACAAUACACCAGACUCUCCUGGGCAAAGAUCAACUCAAGAAAAGAUGUUUAGAACCCAGUCACUGAUGGAGUUUCAUGCUACAGACCAUGGCAGAUAUCCUCGCUCUUUGCAAGAAAAUGAGAAAUAUGCCUGUUACCACUCAAAACACCACUACAGGAGAUCUAUUUCAAGCAGUAAUUGUUUCAGUAGAAUUAGUUGCCCUGACAAAGCAACUUCUCCACUGUCCUUUGAUAACUGGGAAAAUUGUCCAUUCUACCAAUCAGAAAGUAAUCUCUCUAGAUCAUACUUUAGAGAUAUUUCUUCUCAUGGCAAGUUGUAUUCAAACCACAAAAAUUCUCCUUAUGGGAAGACAGAGAGCUAUCUUUCUUGGACUGAUAUUCCUCAAUACUACAAUGAUAAUGUGUUUAUUUCUCCUGAUACCAGAUUUGAAGUGAUGAUGGCUAAUUUGAAUGACCAGCAGCUGGCAUAUACAAGAAAUUCUAAGUUUGCUUCCCAGCACCUGCAGAGUGAUUUUCACAUGUGUUCUCCAGAAAAUAUGAAUAUUAAAACAUUAACAAGAAGUGCAAGCAGAGCUUUUUCAGAAUUCACUGAAGGCCAUCAGCCAUGGCUAAGCUGUAACUCUGUAGUUUCUUCUGUUGUCAGAAGUGAUGAAUCUGUCUCCCCUCAUUUGAAGGAGCAAACAAAACCUAUAGGACUGAACAGGAAUUCAGUUGUUACCCAAAGAGGCACUAAGGCAGGCGUUACACAACUAGAAAAGGCUGAAUGUAGGGAACUGCCAGAUGAAGUGGACACCAAAGACAUGCCUUUACAGUCUGUUUCUCAACAAGCAGAUACAACCUACAUCAAUACCCAGAGUUUUCCCUUGAAUAACUCUGCUUUUGAUAUGUUGCAGAGCAAUGCAUCUCUCUUCAACACACUGAGAUCAAAGAGACAAACCCAAGUCAGUGCCAGAACAGAUACUGCAAAAAUGGUUGUGACGAACAGCAAUAAAAGAAAUGUACAAAUGAAGGAAAAUAAUUGCACACCCAACAGUGUAUUCAGUCAGUUUCCCUGUACUUUGCCAGCUAACAAGAACAAAAAGGAAUCUUUUCUUCCAAGCCAGAAAGAAUGGGAACAUAAUCUGCACUAUGUGAGAAGAGGAAGUGUCAAACAGGAUAAUCAGAGUGCAGAAGCAGUUAACCAAGCUGCCCCACGGGGACAGUCUGCACAGCUGAAUGCUGCUUCUGCUCCAUCCACUGAAAAACUAGCAAACUGUCACGGCCUGUCCUCCUGGCAUCCUGACCGUUCAUCCAGUUCCUCACAAAGUUCGCCACCAGCACUUUAUCACGGAGUUGGAAAAACAGCUCAAGUGAGUGGAAUGGGUGUUAGCAAAAAGACUUCACAGAAAGCACCACAAAAUACAAGCACUUCCGUUACUAAGAACUGUAGCGAACUAUUCAAUGCUAGUUCUCCACAACAGGGAAAUUCUGGAAGUACUUCUACAUGUAGUUUUGAUGGAGAUCCCAAGACCCCUGAACAUAGCUUAAGUUAUUUUUGCUUUGAAAGAAAUGGAAAAACAGGGCAUCGUUCACCCUGUACUGAAAGGCUUCACAAGCAAGACAGCUUGCUGAGACAUACCAGUAGCUGCAGCAUCACUGGUUCCCCAAGGAGAAGCAGCCUCAAAUCCUCUGAUCCACCUGUUCUUUAUUACACUUUACCAAGAAAAUCAGCUAGCAUUGCUGGUAGUAUUAUGUCAGAUACACCCAUCUCUUUCCCUAGAGAUAAUAGAAGCAGCGUGUAUGAUUUUUUAAGGUCUGAAACUCCAAGUGGAGCAUAUCCCUAUUCUAGUCAAAGAGAUGUGUCUUGUUUAGAUUCAAAACAUUCCUUCUUAAGGUCAGCAACAUUAAAUGUUGCUGCAAGUAACAGAGAGAAACAUUACCCCAGUCCUUUAACCAGAAGUCCUAAUGAUUUGACAAGCAGCAGCACAUCAGUUGAGCUGACAGACAGAUGUAAGCAUCUAAGCAAAAGAGAAUCCUCUGUAUUUUCAGAUUGUAAAGAAAGGGGAAACUAUUUGCAGAAAUAUAAAACUACAAGCACGUUUACAGUAUGUGUUGAUGAAGAUCAUGUCAAGUACCAUGAGCUAGUUUCAAUUUAUUACACGUUGCCACGGAGGCAUUCCAAAACAUUUUGUAACCUCUUUAGGGAUAAUGCAGAGGAUGCAGAUUUAUCUCUUCCUGGCGAAAAUUCGCAGUCACCAAGAAUACGAAAAAAGAAGAGUGAAGGUCAUGUGAGUUUAGCAGAUGUUUUUUUCCCCAGUCCUUUGGAAAAAGAGGUGCCUUCCUGUUCUUCUGACCAAGCACCUUCAGCUCCGGUCAUACCUCAGAAUGUAGAAUCUGUAGCUCACCGUGAAGAAGAGAAUUCCCACUUAUCUCCUGACUCAGAGAAGGUAUGUACUUCCAAGUCAGUGAGCAUGGUAAAUAGUAGAAAUGACAGUUCAACAGAUCUUUCAUCAACAGAUCAUGUACUUUCUGAUGUGGCAACAAAAGACGUUUCUUUAAGUGGUCCACAACCCAUUGCAGUAAUGGCUAACUUGGGUAACAGCCUUUCUGAUGCAUCAAACAACCAAAAUACAGAAACAUACCGGAAAGAAAAGAAGGAAAUUUCUCAGACAGCCACACCACGAACAUCCACUUUACCAAUACCUUCCAAACCAGGCAGACCUUCAGAGAAUCGCUUUUAUUCUGCUUCAACAAGUAAGAAUAGCAUACAGAAGGGAAACUCUGCAAACUGCUCUCAGCCUGCUCCAGUAAGUACGAAUAAAAAUCAGAACAGUUUGCUUCUCCACAUGAGAGAGAAGGGCUCUCGUGGAAGGAUCCACACAGAGUGUGCUGAUGUGCCACUGCCGUCCGGGGAGGACAAAGGCAGGGGUAGUACCAAAGUGAAACAGGGAGUAAAUUUCCCACACCAACCCACCCCUCUGUAUAAUAACAGAAGCAGCAGACUGCAGUUAAGAGCUAGCAGUUCAAGAAAUAAUGCAAACAAUGUAAGCUCUUGUAGCAAAACGUCUUCGGAAUCUCAGAAGAAAGCAUUUGAGGUUAGCACGGCUUCCAGUGCUAAUGCACCACUUCAGCCAGAUGAAGCGGUUAGUGCAGAGACAGGUGAGUUAAAGAACUCUAAAAUUAAAAGAGAGCAGAAGUUGCAAAGGACUCAAAUGGAUAAAGACUGUAGUGGUUUGCAGGCAUUAGGGAAGCACAGUAAAGGCAGCCUGGAUGUUAACAGUAAAGACAAAGUCUUCAGGGUUACACAAGACCAAAAAUUAACACAGAAUGUAGAAAAUGAGAACAAGCUUCUCUCUGACAGCACAAGAGACAAAAUCAAAGAUAUAGAAAAAAGGAAAAACAGGCCUUCAAUUAAAAAUAAACUGGCAGCUGUUUGCAAAACAAGUCGAAAAUUUUCGAGUAAAAAUUUGCCUCCCAAACCACACAUAAAUAAUAUUUUUUCACAGAAUGAUGGAAAUGCCACUUGUUUAGAGGUGAGCAUGUCCCCUGACUCACUGAUUUCACCAGAUUGCCAUCAGUCACUUCUGCAGUCUGAAACCGAAAAUCAGAAUGACAGUCCAGACUCUGACAAGAAUACACAAAUACCAAAACCAGCUGAGAUUAGUAAGAGUGAAAAUGUGAAUAAUCCUUCUUUACUUGUUAACAACUUAAAUUGGAGGUCUCUUAAAAGCUAUUACACCCAGAAGGAGGCCAUCAGUUCCAAAAAACCUACAGCAAAAGUGGAAAAUAGGCCAAGUCUUACAACCCAAUCUCCAGAUAAAGUGUUAGCCACAAGAAAUAAGAAUUCCCAAACACCUGAUCUCAGGUUAGAAAAUACAAGCCAGCCCAUCUCACCCAGUGCUACUGCACUGGACCCAACAGAUGAUGAGAAAAGAAGAGCUAGCAGCAGUGCUUGCACUCUUCCUUUGCCCCUUUUAACUGACAAAAACUCAAACACAUUUAUAAGUAAUUGCUUGCAGGCUGACAUAUGUCCAAAGCAGAACUUGACUUCUCAGGCAGGGCUUACUGAACGCCAGAAUGCCUCUGAAUCCAACAGCUUAAGAAAUGCAAACUUGCAUAGCCAACUGUUGCGCAAGGCUUGUGUGAAAAAUGAGCAUGAGCAUCACUUUUCUGAGAGUAUUUGUGCUCAAGAUUCCCACGAGACCUUUGCCUCUGGGAGCAAUAUUCUGCCAAAAGACAGUGUACAUGGGAAGAGAUGUAAAUCUUACUCAGAGGUGUUGUCCUGUGAUGAGAAUGAAAACUGGGCAUUGGAUGAGGAACGGUGUUACAGUACGAGGAAUCUGAUGUAUCCUUCUGUUGAAUUUGGUAUAUUUGGCAAAGAACAACAAUUGGCUUUCCUGGAAAAUAUCAAGAGGUCGCUCACAGAAGGGCGACUGUGGAAACCUUGUCUUCUUAACAACCCAAGUGCUUUCCGAGAUGGAGAGACCCCUUCCAUAAACAGAACAGAGCUUUUCAGCUCAAGUUCUGCUGGGAGCAAGGUAUCCUCUGCUGCUUCAUCGCCCCAGGAGCUGCCUGACAUCUAUCAGGAUGACCCAGCUGCUUACUCAGACUCGGACUCUGAUACCACCACAGAUGAUGAAUAUUACCUGGACGAGAUAGAUAAAGAAUCAGAACUAUGACUGCCCGUGGUACAUAGAUGGUGAGAUAGUUCCUGAGCAGGCAAAAACAUGACAAAUACUUUGAGUCAGUUCUAGUGCUGCUGUAGAACGGUACCGAAAUAGAUAAAUUCAUACUUUACCUACCUUUUCUCACAAGUCUUAUGAGGAAAGCAACAGGUUACUUUGCUGAUAAGCAUUUUUCCAGCUCUCCCUGUUUACCCGACCAAACAUAAUAGUGCUGAUCCAUCUCACCUUGCCAGCACCCACACAGAAUGCUCUAGAAGUGAAUAACUUCACAGCAAAUUUCACUCUGGAAAACUGUGAAACUGCUGAGCAUGGAAAUGCUUUUCUGAUGUGCAUGCUAGGAGAUGCACAGCUGACACAGCUUUGGCUGCAGUUCAGAUGCAUUGCCAGGCUUCUGCCUUUGACUCAGGAACACAUUCGUUUGGAUUAAUGAUCAGGCACUUUAAACCAUGCCAAAUGUAAAAAGAUUGACCCUGUUUAUUUCCCAUACAAACCCGAUGGUUUGAAUCUGAAGCUAUUCUAGCACUGGGAGAACGAAUGCAACAGAUGCCCUGGGGCUGCCCUGAGCCGGGCUGUGCCCGGUGAGCCUGUGCCACUGCUGCGCAGCACGCACUGGCCUUGUUUUCCCACUAAGUAAAUAAAAUGGGUGAAAAAUGCCCUUUACCCUUUGCUCUAUUAAUACCUCUUUCUGGUAAUUUCCCAGAAUUCCCACUGCCAUCCUGGUACUUUCUGUCCUUUGAACCAAAAAGCUGCAGAUGGUUCCCUGUGGCUGUUGGUCAGCCGCACUGAUAGAUGUGGUGUUAUAGCUCGGAGCCACAGGGCACCCGUGGCCAUUCCAUUCUCACUGAGCUUUGAUCUGCUUCUGUGUGAGAUCACAGCAGCUUGCUGAGCCAGCAAAUAGUAUUUUUAAAUAAUUUUACAUUUGUUACUGCUUUAAUAAUUUCACAUGUGGUCUAAAAUGCUGAUCCGUAUUUUUGAUACACUUUUUAAUUCGAUAAAGCUUCUGCAGGACUUAACUAUAUUUUUGUAACUGGAAGGACAAUAUCCUGAUGUUUUCAAAUAAUAUAUUAUAAACAAGCAGUGCUUGUCUUGCUUAAUGCUCUAGAAGAAACUAAAGGAUGAAAAUAUUAUUAAAAGUAAUUGGUAUCCUUAUUUUUUAUAUGUAAACUUCGUUGAAGAAGUGGGUCUCUAACUCAAAUGUGUAUCUAAGUAUUACUGCUUUAUGCUGGGAUAAUUUGUCUUUUAUUGUACAUAAAUGGACUAAUAUAAACUGUAUUUAUAGUCAGAAUUUAUCUCUAUGGUAUGUCUGUCUUGGAAGAAUGUAAGCAUAUACUGACAUAUGCAGUAUUGGAAGGCAGUAACUACUGUGUGACUGUAAUCCUGUAAAAUGUCCUAUUCUAAGGAGGAAUUAUGUUUUUCUGUAAAUAGUUCUAUGUGUUCAGGAUCUUGUAGAGUAAGAUGGUGAAGCCAGCUGAGUGCCAGACUGUACAUUUCUGCAAAAUAUUAAUUUAACAACUGGGAAGACCAACCUACGUAAGUUAAAGGAUAAUAAAAUAUAUUUUUACAAGGGAGGUAAAUAGUUGUACAAUUUUACUUGACUGGAAGUGGAUGGCUUAGAACAUUCUUAUUUGUAAAUAUUUUCUACUUCUUCAGUAGAAGUUGAAUUAAGUUCUCACCUUGUUGGCAUAAAAGAUGUUUUUUUCAUUUGCUUUGCUAUUCGUGUACCGGAAAUGAGGAGGCUUAAUUUAAUGUAAGUAAAUAAAGAAAAUGGCUUCUGGUAAUAAAUCAGUUGUGCAAUAAUGCAUCCUGUCAAGGAGCUGUAAUUGAAUAUUGACACCAAAUGAUGGUAUUCUGUAAAGCAGUUAUGUGAGAAGAGGGAGAAAAAUCCUUUGAGUAGCCAUUAGUUCCAUUCAGUUUGGCAGAAUCAGAUUUUGAUACCUUCACUCUUCCAAGCUUCCAAGCUUUUUCUUUGGCAAAAGUAUAUAUUCUAUACAUGCACAUAAUUUAUAGGAUUUUCAUAUCUAAAAAACUUGUUUGCAAUAAACUUUAUUCAAAGGAAUGAA